CUCCUACAGGUGGUCUCUCUGGGGAAGAACGCCCGUGGAUACCACUACAUCCUGUCUAACCUGGGUUUCUCCAAUGUGAGCUUGGACAAGGUCUUCCUAGGCGGGGCCAACAUAUCAGGCUUCCAGAUAGUGAGCCCUGAGAACCCCGUUGUUCAGCAGUUCCUACAGCGCUGGGAGAGACUGGAUGAAAGGGAAUUCCCAGAGGCCAAGAACACCCCGCUCAAGUACACGUCAGCUCUGACCCACGAUGCAAUCCUAGUGAUCGCGGAGGCGUUCCGGUACUUGCGGCGCCAACGGGUAGACGUGUCACGGCGAGGGGGCGCAGGAGACUGUCUGGCCAACCCUGCCGUGCCAUGGAGCCAGGGCAUCGACAUCGAGAGAGCUCUCAAAAUGGUCCAGAUCCAGGGGAUGACGGGGAACAUCCAGUUUGACAGCUAUGGCCGGAGGUCCAACUACACUAUAGACGUUUAUGAGAUGAGAACAGGGGGGCCGAAAAAGAUUGGCUACUGGAACGAGUACCAGCGAUUAGUAAAUGUGUUAGAACAACAGGUGGUCGCCAACGAGUCUUCUUCUGUGGAAAACCGAACGAUUGUGGUCACUACUAUUAUGGAAGCCCCUUAUGUGAUGUACAAGAAACACCAGAUGAAUCUGGAGGGGAAUGACAGAUAUGAAGGCUACUGUGUCGAUUUAGCUGCAGAAAUUGCAAAACAUGUGGGGAUAAGAUACAAACUGUCAGUAGUGGCGGACGGGAAGUAUGGUGCAAGGGAUCCAGACACCAAGACGUGGAACGGAAUGGUGGGGGAACUGGUGUACGGGAGAGCAGAUAUAGCUGUGGCACCUCUCACCAUAACCCUGGUCCGUGAGGAGGUGAUCGACUUCUCCAAGCCCUUCAUGUCUCUGGGCAUCUCCAUCAUGAUCAAGAAGCCCCAGAAGUCUAAACCUGGUGUCUUCUCCUUCCUGGACCCACUGGCCUAUGAGAUAUGGAUGUGUAUCGUGUUCGCCUACAUCGGUGUGAGCGUGGUCCUGUUCUUGGUCAGCCGCUUCAGCCCCUAUGAGUGGAACCUGGAUGAACAGGAUGAGACCAAAGACCCCCAGACACCUCCAGAUCCUCCCAACGACUUUGGCAUCUUCAACUCUCUGUGGUUCUCUCUGGGAGCCUUCAUGCAGCAGGGAUGUGAGAUAUCACCCAGGUCCCUAUCAGGGAGAAUAGUAGGUGGCGUGUGGUGGUUUUUCACUCUCAUCAUCAUCUCAUCCUAUACGGCCAACCUGGCUGCUUUCCUCACAGUGGAGAGGAUGGUCUCCCCCAUAGAGAGUGCUGAGGACCUGGCUAAACAGACUGAGAUUGCUUACGGAACACUGGAUGCUGGUUCCACCAAAGAGUUCUUUAGGCGAUCCAAAAUAGCAGUCUAUGAGAAAAUGUGGUCAUACAUGAAAUCGGCCGAACCCUCAGUGUUCGUCAAGACCACGCCAGACGGGGUGGCCCGGGUACGAAAGUCGAAGGGCAAGUUUGCGUUCCUCCUGGAGUCCACCAUGAAUGAGUACAUAGAGCAGAGGAAACCCUGCGACACCAUGAAAGUGGGCGGGAACCUCGACUCAAAAGGAUACGGUGUGGCCACACCCAAAGGCUCCGCAUUAAGGUGGGUGGGAUAAUAUAACGAUGUUCUCCAUGGUGUUAUAGUAUUCCACCCACCCUGAUGUCUUGUGUUUGGCCCUUCUACUACUUCUUCUUCUUUAUUGUUUUGGAAAGGACACAAAGAGGUAACGGUAUCAUAUCUUUUACUGUUCUUCGAUACCAAGGUUGAUUUAUAAUUGUUAUCAUGGAUGUUUAUAUUUGUAUAUGUUUUAAUGUCGUUGUUCCUAAACCAAAGCAGAAUCCAUUCCAGGGUGUGAGAGUUGAACAACUGUUUCACUUCUAUCUUUCUCUCUGUCCUUCUGUCCUGUGUGCUUUCCUUCUCAACACUUGUGUUGUCACUUUGAAUUUAACAGCUCAGCGGUUUUUCAAUGUAGCCUUUAAAAGCUGCCCUGUCACUUGUGAUGAAUGUUAAUUGCACGGUGUUAAUGUUAAUGUUAAUUGCAUGGUGUUUGCUGUUAUUGCUUUCCUCCUCAGUGAUGACUGGU